AUGCCGGUGGUGAACGCCUCAGCGCUUGAAGCUCUUGUCAAUUUUUGCUACUCCGGAAGGAUAAAGAUAACCAGCAGCAAUGUAUGGAGUGUUUUGCCAACCUCUUGCUUGCUUCAGCUGAAUGAAGUUCAGGGACAGUGCGGUGAAUUUUUGGAGAAACAACUGAAUGCUUCAAAUUGCUUAAAAAUUCGAGCUUUUGCCGACACCUAUGCGUGUGCAGAGCUUUUACGCUGUGCUUCCGAGUUCAUCCUGCACAACUUCAAGGACGUUAUUGGCACUGACGAGUUUUAUCGGCUCCCUGGUAACCAAUUAAUUGAACUGAUUUCGAGUGAAGAACUUCAGGUGCCGUCACAAGAACAGGUUUUCAACGCAGUUGCUGAGUAG